AUGGCCAACCAUCACUAUUCAGUGAACUACACAGCUAUGAAUGGGGAAAUUGUCUCUUAUCAAAUGGUCCCUAAGAUACCAGAUAAAGAAAUCUUUUCGAAGCUGGAUUUCCCAGCACCAGAACCAGCACCAGAACCAGCACCAGAUAUGGUGCCAAAAACUUUAAAAAAGAAGCUCGAAGAUGAGCUAGAUAUUAGAGAGAGGAGUACUAUCGAAGUAGUACACGGGUUGCCGCCCUGGGAUGGGCUUUAUAUUGACGCCGACGACGAGAAGGAGCCCACCAAGGAGGAGAUGGAGAAAUGUGUCGCUGCUGCCGCUGCAGCAAAGCUCGUCCGGCAGAAAUGGGUGGUAGAAGAGAAGCGCCGAGCGAAGGCGGAAAAGGAGAAGGCCGCCACCGAGAUUUGUCAUCCGGCUACAAAGCAAUGA